AUGUCUUCGGACCGCCAUGCUGGCUCGCAGACUCUGGAAAAUGGCAUGGUGUACCAGAAUGUCUGCAAUCACAUUGAUGUCCCUCUUUACCCAAAGAGUUCUUCGAUGCCAGCGAACAAGAUUUCCUGGAGUUUACAUCUCGGCCGAAAGACGGGUCAGCUGCAGCCAUCUGCAAGGAAUUGGGUAUUAUUUAACCCCGAGAGGUUAGAGUUCACAGGAAGAGACAGCAACUCCGCAGCUCUUAUCCUGCUCUUCUACUUGGUCUUCUACGGCUUUCUGACGGCUCUUUUCACGCUCACCAUGUGGGUACUGCUGCAAACCGUGGAUCCGUUCAUCCCCAAGUAUCAAGACCGCCUCUCUGUCCCAGGCAUGAUGAUUCGGCCCAAGACAGAAGCGCUGGACAUCACCUACAACUUAACCGAUACUGAGUCUUGGGACAAUUAUGUGAAGAUGCUCAACAACUUUUUGGAAGCCUACAACGAUUCCCGACAAGCCGCCAUGAACGAGAAUUGCCAGCCUGGGCGUUACAACGAGCAGCUCGACAACGGCGUGCUGAACUACCCCAAGCGGGCCUGCCAGUUCAACCGCACCAUGCUGAGGGACUGCUCGGGGUUGAACGAGUCCACCUACGGCUAUCAGGAAGGACGGCCUUGCAUCCUGGUCAAAAUGAACCGGGUGAUCAACUUCUACGCAGGCGCCAACCAGCCCAUGAACAUUUCUUGCGUGGCCAAGAAAGAGGAGGAUGCACCGAAGCUGGGAGAGAUCGCAAUGUUUCCCGCUAAUGGCAACAUCGAUCUAAUGUACUUCCCUUACUAUGGCAAAAAAGUUCACGUGAACUACACGCAGCCCGUGGUGGCCGUCAAGUUUCUGAACCUCACCUUCAACUAUGACCACCACGUAGAGUGCAAGAUGAACGCCGCCAACAUCGCUGCGAAUGACGAGCGGGACAAGUUCGCCGGGCGCGUGGCUUUCAAAAUCCGGGUCAACAAAGACUGA